CAGCGUUUCAAGCGAUCUUGCAUCUUCAUUCGACAUUUGAGCAUCAGCUGGGAACGUGAUCGGCUGUGUAACAUUAUAAUUAAUUAUUAUUUUACACAAAUAUGAGGGAAAUAGUGCAUUUACAGGCGGGACAGUGCGGGAACCAAAUUGGCUCAAAGUUUUGGGAAAUCAUAUCUGAGGAGCACGGCAUCAGCACUACUGGUGUCUACGAAGGCACAAGUGACCUGCAAUUAGAGAGGAUAUCUGUCUACUACAAUGAGGCUUCUUGUGCGACGGCCGAGAAUGGCGGCAAGUACGUCCCCCGCGCCAUUCUCCUCGACCUGGAGCCAGGCACCAUGGACGCCGUCCGCUCCAGCACAUACGGUCAGCUUUUCCGCCCAGACAACUUCGUCUUCGGCCAAUCGGGCGCCGGCAACAACUGGGCAAAGGGUCACUAUACAGAAGGCGCCGAGCUCGUCGACGCUGUCUUAGACGUCGUCCGCAAAGAGUGCGAAAACUGCGACUGCCUUCAGGGCUUCCAACUCACACACUCCCUCGGCGGUGGUACCGGAUCCGGUAUGGGUACCCUUCUCAUCUCCAAAAUCAGAGAAGAAUACCCCGACAGAAUCAUGAACACAUACUCAGUUGUCCCCUCGCCUAAAGUAUCAGACACAGUAGUUGAACCGUACAACGCAGUCCUUUCUAUCCACCAACUAGUCGAGAACACAGAUGAAACAUAUUGUAUAGACAACGAAGCUCUAUACGAUAUUUGCUACAGAACCCUCAAAGUCCCAAAUCCGUCAUAUCGCGACCUCAACCACCUGGUGUCGCUCACCAUGUCUGGCGUGACCACCUGCCUGCGAUUCCCAGGUCAGUUGAAUGCGGAUCUCCGCAAGCUGGCCGUGAACAUGGUUCCCUUCCCUCGUCUCCACUUCUUCAUGCCCGGCUUUGCACCACUUACGUCACGCGGCAGCCAGCAAUACAGAGCCCUCACCGUACCCGAGCUGACCCAACAGAUGUUCGAUGCCAAGAACAUGAUGGCUGCCUGCGACCCACGACAUGGCCGCUACCUCACCGUCGCCGCCAUCUUCCGUGGCCGCAUGUCCAUGAAGGAGGUCGAUGAACAAAUGCUCUCAAUACAAAAUAAAAACAGCAGCUUCUUCGUCGAGUGGAUUCCGAACAACGUGAAGACUGCAGUGUGUGAUAUUCCUCCCAAAGGCCUGAAAAUGUCGUCCACUUUCAUCGGAAACACGACCGCAAUCCAAGAGCUGUUCAAGAGAAUAUCGGAACAGUUCACCGCUAUGUUCAGACGCAAGGCUUUCUUGCAUUGGUACACCGGUGAGGGAAUGGACGAGAUGGAAUUCAAUGAAGCCGAAAGCAAUGUUAAUGACCUGGUAUCAGAAUACCAACAGUAUCAGGAAGCUUCCGCCGAAGAAGACACAGAAUUUGACCAAGAAGAUUUGGAGGAGUUAGCUCAAGAUGAACACCAUGAUUAAUGCAGCCGAGAUGAACCCAAAUUAUAUAUUUUUAAAGAUUUUAAAGGCCUUACCUUUUUAAACCAAAGUGUUCUCAGCGGUCUAAGUAUUGCACUGUGCCUUGUCAUCGCCAUGUGACUUGUUCUCGAUGUGCAUUUUUUUAUAAAUGAAGUAUUAUUUAAAUAUGUAAUAUUUUGAUAUUCGAACGUACCAACUUGUGCAUUUAAAUUAUUUUAUCGUCUUGCUUUUAUAUAAUUU